CUCGGGGCUCACUGUUUACUUUUCCAACAAUACUGUAAUAACUGAAGACAUUUAGACGCCAGGAAAUCAUGCUUAUCGAAAAAUUUCCGCUCGUGGAGUCAGGAGAGGGUGACACUAGCCCUCAGUGCGCUUACUCCCACAUUAGCGCCCUGCGGUCGACAGCGUGAACUUCGUUCCCACGAGUUUUGUGGGAACUGUGGCUCAUCUCCGAGGAGCAUCAAGCACUUCCGCCUGCUGAGGGUGAGAAUGUGGACCGUGUUCUCCUCUGGCUUUCUGGGGAAUGUAGUCCAACGGUCCUAGAGACUCGGGUACUUCCGCAAAGGCGCAGCCGGGGCAGGGGGAUUCUGGGAAAUGUAUUUCCAAGCGUACCACUUCCGCCUUAGGUGUGUUGGUUACCGCCUGCAUUCUCUGCGCUGCGAAUCUGAUUCAUUACCUUGGGUGCCACAAGGCAGUGUUGGAGAUGGUGCCAGUGUGUGUGUUGUGCAGGAAUCGAGGCCCUGCUGAGAUCUCUUUAAGCUGUGUACAGCAGCAGCUACCUCAAGAAAGGGGCUCCUUGGCUAAUUCACAGUAAGCAUUCAUGGAGUGAGCAACAUCCCGAUCACCGUUUCAUGUCCUUUUUCUAUCUUUCCAGACACUACCAGGCACAGUUCUGCCUACCAGGACUCUCCAUAUCUCAGAAUCUGUACAUUUCCAGAAGUAAGAAGACAAAAUGACCACAUUUAAGGGGGCAGUGACCUUCAAGGACGUGGCUGUGGUCUUCACGGAGGAGGAGCUGGAGCUUCUGGACCCGUCCCAGAGGAAGCUGUACCGAGAUGUGAUGCUGGAGAACUUCCAGAACCUGGUCUCAGUGGGAGGCAAGAUCCAAUAUGAGAUGGAGACUGUUCCAGAACCAGAACCACAUGAAGAACUUUCUUGCUGGCAUAUAUGGCAACGAAUUGCAAGUGACCUAAUCAGGAGUCAAGUCUCCAUGAUAAAGAGUUCUCAGUUCUCCAGCCAGGUUGGCACAGGACUAUCUAUAACUCACACAGGCCAGGAACCUUACCAGUAUAAUGAAUGUAAAAAAUUCUUUAGUGAUAUCUCCAUCUUUGAUCUUCAUCAACAAAUACACUCAGGAGAGAGGUCUCAUACAUGUGAUGAGUGUGGAAAAAGCUUCUUCCAUAGCUCAGCACUCCGUAUUCAUCAGAGAGUUCACUUGGGAGAGAAAUGCUAUAAGUGUGAUAAGUGUGGUAAGGAAUUCAGUCAGAGCUCACGUCUGCAAACUCAUCAGAAAGUCCACACUGUAGAAAAGCCAUUCAAAUGUGAGCAGUGUGGGAAAGGCUUCAGUCGUAGGGCAACACUUAGUGACCAUUGCAAAUUACACUCAGGAGAGAAACCUUUUAAGUGUGAGGAAUGUGGGAGGGCCUUCAUUCAUGCUUACCAUCUUCACAACCAUCAGAGAGUCCACACUGGGGAGAAACCAUUCAGAUGUGAUAUAUGUGGGAAGAACUUCCGUCGUAGAUCAGCACUUAAUAGUCAUUGUGUGGUCCACACAGGAGAGAAACCAUACAAAUGUGAAGAGUGUGGGAAGUGCUUCAGUUGGUGCUCACAUCUUCAUAUCCAUAAGAGCACCCACAUGGAACAGAAACUAUACAAAUGUGACAAUUGUGGAAAGAGCUUCUACUCUAGGGCAGAUCUUUAUUACCAUCAGAGGAUUCACACAAAAGAGAAACCCUAUCAUUGUGAGGAAUGUGGGAAGAGCUACAGAUGGGCCUCACAUCUUUUGACCCAUCAGCGAGUCCACAGUGGAGAAAAACCAUUCAAAUGUGAAGAGUGUGGGAAGAGAUUUGGUCGGAAAGCAUACCUGCAAGCUCAUCAAAAUGUCCACACCAGAGAAAAGCCAUACAAAUGUGAGGAGUGCGGGAAGGGCUACAAGACCAUCUUGGAUCUUGAUGUGCACCGGAGCAUCCACACAGGAGAGAAACCGUAUACAUGCUGGGUAUGUGGUAAGCACUUAAGUAGGGCCUCGCACCUUAAACUUCAUCAGAGAGUUCACACUGGAGAGAAACCAUACAAAUGUGAUGUGUGUGGUAAGCUCUUCAGUCAGUUUGCACAUCUACAAUCUCAUCAGAGAGUUCACAUAAGGGAGAAACCUUACAAGUGUGAAGUAUGUGGUAAGAGCUUCAGGUCAAGUUCAUACUUUAAAAUUCAUUACAGAAGUCAUGUUGGUGAUAAAUUUCAUCCAUUCUCAGAGGAAGGAAAACGUUUGUUUCAGUGAAGUGAAUGUUUCAGCCAUAGCUCAACAUGUCCCGGUGAUUCGGAGACCACACGAGGUAGGGAGCAUGAGGACAGGGAGCUUGUUUGCUGCUGAACCUACACAACCUUAACGUUGAUUAGCACUUUGUAUAUGUACUCAAUACAUGUUUGUUAAAUCAAUCAAAGGGAGAAGAUAUAUUUAAAAAUUGUAUCUGGAAGAGGAAACCUGCAGAAAUAAACCAUUCAGAGAAACAGACAUGAAUUGAAAUGCAGAAAUGCACUGGGUACUGCAUACCACAGCAUUAUUUUGGUAGUAUCCUCGCAUUUAGCUCCUGCCUACCCUCUGGCUCUGUACUGAGGCUGGAUUCUUAUUAUUUGAGUUCCUGUCUGGUAUUCCAUUGGUAUAUAUAGUGUAAAUUUUCUCACUUUUGGUUUUUCUCAUAGUGCAGACAGUUUUAACUUUGUAAUAAUUGGCUAUUGCACAUACCACAACUGAAAUUGUUCAACAGUGUUAAGGCAAAGGUACAAAGUAACCCAUUAAAAGUGUCAGAUUUGGUACCAUUGUUAAAAGUUUUCUUAAUCUCGAAUUCAUUGUGUUUUAAAUUUCCAUAUUUCCAUGUAGGCUUUGAUAUGAUUGCCUUCUAACUGUAGCAUUUCUUUUGUCAAACUUCUCUGAUCGGGGCUAUACCAAAUUUGAAGGAUGUUUAGUUUCUCAACUUCCUGUAUUAUUCCCUUAUCCCCAUGAAAUAAAUACCAGAAAAACUUGUUGGGAUUUGG